AUGGCACAUGUUGUGCUCGAAAAAGGCAGUGCUAGUGUAAAUGCCAGCCCACUGCAGUUCUACCGGCACGGAAUUUCGCAUCCAUGGAAAGUUUUCUGCUCGCCAAAGCAUAUCGAUCAUGGUGUUCUGAUUGUUGGCUAUGGAGAAGAAGCGGAUAAGCCGUACUGGAUUAUCAAGAAUAGCUGGGGCACUAGAUGGGGUGAAAAUGGUUAUUACCGGUUAUACCGAGGCAAAAAUGUCUGUGGUGUCAGUGAAAUGGCUACUUCUGCCAUUAUUCUCUGA